AGAUCCUACAAGGUUUUUCUUACUGGAGCAAGUGGAGUGUAAGGGCCAGCCAAAAAUCUUUUAACACUCUUCUGCUUCUUCUUCCUUAAUCAUUUUAGUAGCAGAAGAAGGCCAAAGUCUGAAAUCUGAAAAUGGCGGAAAAGCUUGCGCUACCGCUUCUACUUCCAAAUCCACCGCCUCCUAAACCUUUCUUUCAAGACCCACAACUCCAACCUCCUCCUUCUUCUCAGCAUCAACUCCAAAAUCCUUCUAAUUUAAUCCUCCAAAAUCUUCUCAACCAGCAAACUCAACUCACAAAACCCACCGCCGCCGCAUCCACUUCCACGUUCAAUCAAUCUGUAGCUGUUGAAAAUCCCAGCCAGCCCCUUAUUCCCCGGACUCGGCGUCGUAUUGGCAAACACCGUGACUCCAAUAAAGGCAAGCCUUGGUCCGACCACCGCCUCUCCCCUCAAGGCGAGCUUGCUCUCCAAACCCUUAUCGACCCGCAAUUCGAAAGUGGUAGAAUUGACCAGGUAUUACUUGCUUUGUUCAAUUCCCAUUUGAAUGAUAAUGAAGAGGGUGCUGAAUUUCGCAGUGAAGCACUAGGUUUUGAUUUCUUGGGUUUAGUUAAGGGUUUAGGGCAUUACAAGAAAUGCGACUUGGCACUCAGGGUAUUUGAAUGGAUUGGGAUUCAUGGUCAUUCGGAUAUUUUGUUGAGCAAUUCUGUUGUGGCUGUGAUUAUAACUAUGUUAGGGAAAGAGGGCCAGGUUUCCACCGCUGCUUCUCUGCUUCAUCGUUUGCAUAAAGAUGGAUUCUCCCUUGAUGUUUAUGCUUAUACUUCGUUGAUUUCUGCUUUUGCUAAUAACGGGAGGUACCGAGAUGCUGUAAUGGUGUUCAAGAGGAUGGAGGAAGAGGGUUGCAGGCCUACUUUGAUCACUUAUAAUGUUAUCUUGAAAGUGUAUGGCAAAAUGGGAAUGCCUUGGCAUAAAAUUAUGAUGGUUUUUGAGAAUAUGAAGAAAUCUAGGGUUGCCCCUGAUGCAUAUACGUAUAAUACUCUUAUUACUUGUUGUAGAAGAGGAUCUUUGCAUGAGGAGGCUAAAGAGAUUUUCGAGGAGAUGAAAUCAGUUGGAUGUGUACCGGAUAAGGUUACCUAUAAUGCAUUGCUUGAUGUAUAUGGGAAGUCGAGGAGGCAUGAGGAAGCUUUGGAGGUUUUGUAUGAGAUGGAAAUGAAUGGUUUCUCUCCCAGCAUCGUGACAUACAAUUCUCUGAUUUCGGCUUAUUGUAGAGAUGGCUUGUUGGAGAAAGCUAUGGAGUUAAAAUCAGGAAUGAUGGCCAAGGGAAUCAAACCUGAUGUGUUUACUUAUACUACUCUGUUGUCAGGAUUUGAGAAGGCUGGUAAAGAUGAGUCUGCGAGGAGGGUGUUUGAUGAGAUGAGAGCUGCAGGUUGCAAACCAAAUAUUUGUACAUUUAACGCUCUUAUAAAGAUGUAUGGCAACAGGGGAAAAUUUUCAGAAAUGGAGAAGAUCUUUAAAAUGCUGACUGAUUCCCAAUGUACUCCUGAUAUUGUGACAUGGAAUACGCUUCUUGCUGUUUUUGGUCAGAAUGGCAUGGAUUCUGAGGUCUCAGGAGUGUUCAAGGAAAUGAAAAGAUCAGGCUUUGUAGCUGAACGAGACACUUUUAAUACCCUGAUCAGUGCCUACAGCAGGUGUGGCUCUUUUGAUCAAGCCAUGGCUGUCUACCAGAGAUUGCUGGAAGCAGGGGUUACUCCGGACCUUUCCACUUAUAAUGCCGUUUUAGCUGCUCUAGCUCGUGGAGGACUAUGGGAGCAGUCUGAGAAAGUGUUUGCUGAAAUGAAGGAUUGUCGUUGUAAACCCAAUGAACAGACCUACAGUUCUUUGCUUCAUGCCUACGCUAAUGGUAAAGAGAUUGAAAAGGUACAUGCUCUUGCAGCAGACAUAUUCUCUGGUGUAAUCGAGCCUCAUGCUGUUCUUUUGAAGACCCUUGUCCUGGUCUAUAGCAAGAGUGGCCUACUGGAUGAAACCGAAGUAUCCUUUUCAGAGUUGAAAAGAAGAGGUUGUGCAUUGGAUAUAACAACUCUGAAUGCCAUGAUCUCCAUAUAUGGACGCAGGCAAAUGAUUGCCAAGGCAAAUGAGAUCAUGACAUUCAUGAGAGAAAGUGGGUUUAUGCCUACUUUAGCCACUUAUAAUAGCUUGAUGAAUAUGUAUUGCCGGUCAGAAAACUAUGAGAAAGCUGAAGAAAUUCUGAAAGAGCUUGUUGGAAAAGGAGUCAAGCCUGAUGUCAUCUCAUACAACACAGUGAUAAAUGGAUAUUGCAGAAAUGGUCGGAUGAGGGAUGCCUCUCGAGUCUUUAUGGAAAUGAAAGAAUCUCGUGUUGUUCCAGACGUCGUCACGUACAACACAUUCAUCGCAAAUUAUGCAGCUGCUGCAAUGUUUGUUGAGGCCAUUGAUGUGGUGCGCUACAUGAUCAAGAAUGGCUGCAAACCAAAUGAAAACACCUUCAACUCCAUCGUAGAUUCAUACUGCAAGCUGAAUCGUAGAGAUGAGGCAGUCGUCUUUGUUAGUAACCUUCGGGAUCUUAAUCCCCAUAUCUCCAGAGAAGAGGAAGUUAGAUUAUCUGAAAGGCUCAGGAGUGAGUAGUCCUCGAAAGCUUGUACGAUGUAUAGUAUGCGUCAUGAUUACACGACUGAUAAACUACUAACUUUAUGUAUUCUUAGACAUUGUAUAGCUGUCAAAAUCUCAUACUAAGAAAUGUUGGAACCAGGUUUUCUAGCCCAGAGAUUUUCUUAGUCAAACUAACACUGGAAGAAAGCAGCAGUUUUUCAUUCUGGAAAAUACUCAUUGUACUUGAUGAAUCCAACCGGAUCCCUUCUCCGGGUUUCUUCCAGUCCACUAAAAUCAUGGUUGGGAUAGAAGACCUAUCAAAUCUCCUUCCAGUCUUCCCCUCAUUCCGACGUCAUGGUGUUCACAAAUUGGUGACUGUUGCUGAAGGUUUUCAUAUAAGUUGUGGAAAUGUUGAUUCCGUUGGAAAAGUGUGUGCAUACAUGUAAUUGGCUGAAUUGAUUCGGCUUAACGUACCAAAUUGAAAUAGAUAUGUCUUCGCAGC